GGUAGCGCGCACUUCGCAACGAGCAGCAGCAGACAUCGUCAUGGGGCCUAGCGCGUAACGGCGGGUGCCGCUGUUGAGCUGGGAAUGAAAUACCCGAUACGGCAGCUGGAGGCAAGCUAAGUUGUGCAGGUCCAUUGUCACUGCUCCUCGAAUAGAUGAUGCUCGGCUCUCCAACGCUGCUGUUGCAUGCGCCGCAACACAACUCGUGAUCGCCAGCGUAGUUUCUCUUCGGGACAGACUUUUCCGGUCAACGGCGGCGCGAUGAUGUCUACCGACGAGGGCAUCGAUGACGAGCUCUCCGACUACUGGACCAGCCCUAAAGUUGUGGUGAAAUGUGUGGGUCCCAAGCUGGUGCCAUUCCUGAAGACAGUUGCCCUUUACUUCGUGGUGGCCAUUUCGUGGCAGCCAUCAUGGCUGGGCUGCCUGCUCAAGUGCCUUCCAGUCGCCUUCCUCAUGGUGUUCGUUGUUCUGCAUGGCAUCUCACUGGGUGAUGCACGCCACUGCUACUCACGCCGUGUGCUCUUUGGCCUUGGCCUCUCGUGCCUUGGCGACGCGCUGCUUGUCUGGCCGUGGGGGUUCCUCCCAGGAAUGGGUGCCUUUGGUGCCGCACAUCUCUUCUAUAUUGCGGCCUUUGGCACGCAUCCACUCAACCCAUGGGCCGGUGCUGUCUGCCUGGCCUGCGUUGCUGCUGCUGGUACUUUGCUGCUACCAAACCUUAAUGGUGUGUACCUCUUCGCUGUGCCCUUGUACGGCUUUGUGCUCAUGGUCAUGGUGUGGCGUGGCGUCUCACGGGUGCGCUUCUUCGAUGACCUCUGGACUUGGACCAAGCUGUGCUCUUGCUUCGGCGGCAUCCUCUUUGCGGCCUCCGACCUGCUCAUUGCACUCAACCUCUUCUACCUGAGUGCUCCGCCCAGCUACAUCCAGCAUGUCAUUAUGCUCUCGUACUAUGCAGCACAACUUGGGAUAGCACUGUCAGUUGUCGACUGCCGCACUAUGGCAGCCAUUAGUGCUGCAAACGAGCAGCCAGCGCCCUGCCGCAAUGGUAGCUCCUGCUCCACAAAUGCUGCAGCGUCUGCUACACACGUGCCGAGUACAUCCAAGACAAAGCUAGAAUAGACCACGGCCACUGAGAGAGAUGGACACUGCGGCAAACCAUAUCGUUAGAGGGCCGCACACAUUCUUUUCGAUGAACAAAGCCUGUUGCAUGUUUCCUUGACAUGUGGAGUGUCACCUAGAGCACCAUAAAUGUGAAGUUAUUGCCUACGAUGCAGCUACCGGAUGCUUUCCAGAAUGAGCUCUUUCACAUUGCAGAGCAUGUACAAGGCACAGCAAAGGAAUUUAUUGUGUUCAUAGUACUAUGUCGCAGACAUUCUUUCUGUGAACAAAACUGCGCGUGUGCCUGGUUGCUGAACAGCGGCUAUAGCUGUUGCCUGCCGUACAUCCACUUGUUUUCUGCAAGAAUGGACUGAGCUUGCGAUAUGAAACAGCUGGCAUCGUCAUUUAUGUGCAUCCUGGACUCUGUGCAUGUUGAAGCUACAUAUUAUUGACUGAGGAGCCACCUACCUGGUCUGCAUCCGUCAACUGGGUGCGUGUGCCAAUUAUGGUCUGGCCUGAUGGCAGCUGUGGUAUGGAAGCUUUGCAAUCCCAUUGAACGAAAAGCUGCCUAAACCAGUGAGACUGUCUCUGCGGGUCAAGGUGCAACAGAGCUGCCAGCCAAUUUUGGCUGCAUUGCAAUGAGUGUGCGCAAUGGUGCGUCACUAUACAUUGUCAUUCUCACACAGGCACUUUUUCUCUGGGCAGGUAGAAGUUUCCUGCACUGCUAUGCUGCCAUCGUCUUGGAAUAUAGGAUUUUUUAGGUCAGGUGUACAGCAUAUUAAUAUGUACAACAGUGCAUCAUAUACUUGUGCAUGCUUUCACUGCGUCCGCCUAGAUAGAUAUAUUGCCUAAGGUCUUACAACUGACUCUGGGACACUUCAUCCCAACCUUGACAACUCACAAGCACAGCUGAAAUCUGGUGGUGGUGAUUGUCAUGUUUCACACCUGACCUACGAAUUUUCCUUGGUCAGUAUUAUUGUGAUGAGAGAAGGGAGAGAGCUGGUUUUCUCUACUUCCAAGAAGUCUGCACAACCUUACUCAGAUUCUGUAGCUGUCCCGCACAGUAUCGGUGUAAAGAAAUUCUUGUUCACAUUUUAUGUGCAUUCUUGUUAUCACUUGUUUUAUGAAAUUUUGUGAUGCAUCUCAGAAUUAGGCCAGAGGUUGUAUCUUGUAACGAUUCCUUUUCUACUGUUUGUGACCUUUGUCAUUUGCUGAAUCAAAACGACAACAUUGCUAUUGCCAGGAUUGGCCACUCAGCCGGACGGAUGACGACAAAGUAGCAUCAGAGGGGAAGAAUCCUUACAAAGUAGAGGCCUUAAAGUGGCCCUGAAACACUUUCCCAACUAGUCAUAAAAUGGUCUUAGAAUGGUAUUAAAGAGCGCCAUCUUGUGAAUCUCAUGCCCCCAAAAUUUUUAGGAUCCUUCGACACAGCUAUGUGCAACUGUCGUGUGCAGAUCAACAGUGCAAAGAUUAAAUUAUUCUUCUGUCCUUUUGAGACCGUAGGCACAUAUAUUUUUUCUUUUAUUUAACUCAAAUUUCGCAAUUGCAGUAUUACUGAUAAUAGUCUCGCAAUCACAAAAUCAGCCAAUAGCUGUUCGCGAGUCCAGCUGCUUGCGAUGCUGCUACGUGACGACAUUGUUGAAGCGAGGGCAAGUGAUUUUUCGCUCUUGCUGACACGAGAUUGUCAAUUCCCUGCUGCAUGCCAUGCAAUAAUAUUUGGCUCGCAUGUUCAAAGGAGCCUCUUCUACAGGUUGGCAACGUUUCCUUGCUAUGUUCAAAACGUGUUUCAGGGUCCUUUUAACGAAGGUUUGGUGGAUUCAUGGAAAGGUUCGCUGGUCUAUGUAGGUAUGUAAAUAAAAUAUAUACUGGAAUGUGUGCAGUGGUUAGUAUCAUUUUUCAUGUUUGCCUUAAAACUCUUGCUGUUUUUUAAAUGUCAGAUUCUUUUAUUUGAUCACGGUGUGACAGUAUACUUUACAUGCAUGCACGCAACUUUCUGAGCACAUUUUCUUUAGGUAUGUAUAGGUUAUGGAAGAGCACUGUUUUAGUUGACACAACCAUUGUGGGUAGGUGUGUUUACCAAUACAGAAUUCAAUUGCUGGCUACCGAUUUGGCGAAGCUGAUACUGUAAUGCACAUGUCUUGAUUUGUACAGCCAUUUUAAUAAGGGUGCUAUGUCAGUUGAUGCUGUUUUCAAGCUGUAAUUAAGAUACAGCCACAGUUUGCAAUGGCAUAUUCUAUAGCUUAACGUAUGGCACUUGACAUGCUGAGUCGGGAAAGGAGAGUGGGUGCAUUGUGGCCAUGUGGUUAACUUCCACUAAUUUGGCACUCGUAAGGCAUGUAAUAUUAAUUUACAUUGCCUGACACUCAAAUUGCCACAUUUAUAUGAAUACAUUGCUUUUUGUAAUUCUCAGAUUAAAAUUAUGUGCACCAAAGAUUCUUACCAAAAUUGCUGAAUGGAACUCUGGUGCUACGAUUGUCAGCUACCAUGGGCAUGAUGAUUAGUACAUAGAUCUGUCUAGCCUUUAUGCUUGUGCCUUCAUACGCUCCUGUGGCUCUAUUUACUGCAUUUUAUCUGCACCUUCAUUGCAUAAAUUUCAAGGAAAUCCUAUUUCUGUUAGCGUGGAAGGCAAUCAGGCUCUACGCACAUGUGUAAAUUAUUGUGAAAUUUUGUAUUUAUACUGCAAUACUUCGUUGAAAGUGAUCAAUUUCCAAAGUCGCAAAUUUGAAGCUAGAAGAACAAAGUUUAGGGCAAGUCCAUGCAUGCUAACCAUGCUGGCUGAGCUGCCAUGCUUGCAGCUCCCAUGACAGUAGCACCAGGAUUAUUUCUGGUGACUUUUGUAGGAAACUCUGAUAUCUGUUACAGUGGCUAUGGCUUUCUCCUGAUGCGUAUUAGGUCGCAGGUUAGAAUCUCAGCCAUGGAAACUGCAUACCAAUUCCGGAACGUAAAAACACUCGUAGUACUCUGCAAUGUGGUAAAACAUUAAUCUCAACCCUUCCACUAUAGCGUCCCUCAUAACCCCUUUGUUAUUUUGGUAUGUUAAACCCCAUUAACCACUAUAUCAAUAAACCAAUGCAAAUGCAA